GUCAAAGGUCAUAUAGGGUCAAUGAACUUUGGCCAAAUUGGGGUAUUUGUUGAAUUACCAUCAUAACUUUGAAAGUGUGUUGGUCUAGUUCAUAAAACUUGGACAUAAGAGUAAUCAAGUAUCACUGAACAUCCUGUGCGCAUUUAAGGUCACAUGACCAAGGUCAAAGGUCAAUGAACUUUGGCCAUAAUGGGGGUAUCUGUUGAAUUACCAUCAUAACUUUGAAAGUUUAUUGGUCUAGUUCAUAAAAUGUGGAAAUAAGAUCAACCAAGUAUCACUGAACAUCUUGUGCGAGUUAUAGUAGUUUUCAAAAUCAGCACUGCUGCUAUAUUGAAUCGCGUGAUGCAGGUGAGACGGCCAGAGGCAUUCCACUUGUUUGUCUCUUUGUGUGCACAACUGCAGUAUGUGUGGUUCACAUAUCUUUUAUUUGUAAAACCCCGGGGGGGGGGGGGGGCACUAACAUAUAUUUAUUAGUUGUUGCUGGGACGUGCCUCUUUGAUGACCCCCUUUUCAGACCUAAUUUUCAGUUCUCUCGAUACUCAAUGAGACCGCCAGAGGCAUUCCACUUGUUGAAAUAACAGCAUCACUUAGAAAGUAUAUAGACCUAGUUCAUGAACCUUGGACAUAAGAGUAAUCAGUAUUACUGAACAUCCUCUGUGAGUUUCAGGUCACAUGACCAAGAUCAAAGGUCAUUUAAGGCCAUGUUAGGGUUACAUAUAUUUGUUGAAUUACCAUCAUAACUCUGAAAGUGUGUGGAUCUAGUUCGUAAUACUUGGAUAUAAGAGUAAUCAAGUAUCACUGGGGACAAGACUAAUUUACCGUUCAGACUUUAUAAAUAGCCAAUUAGCGCUUGCUAUUUCGCGCCAGUCUGCCUACUCGCCCUUUGUAUUCUUUUGUUGUAUUCACUUCCAUUCGUUUGUGCGUCAUACUCUGAAGAGUGCACAAUGAAAAUCCUAAGUAUAAAGGCUCUUCUCGCUAAAUUUUGGACUACUAAAUGUCAAUUAGGAAUUUAAUAAUUAAAGCAUAAUGAUUUGAAAAUUCAUUAUGUAAAAAAUAAAUUACUGUUGUCAAUAAAAACAAAAAUAAUCACUCAUUAACAAGAAGCAGUUUUCGCUCAAAGCAUAUAAUAUUUGUACAGACUACAAAAUCAUGUUAAAGAGCAACUUUGAGUCUGACAUCCACUGACGCAAUAUUGGGCAAUUUCAUAACCGUAUACCCGGGCGUCAAAACUUCCUCUCAAAAGUUGUUCAGAUUUGACAGAAGAUAGUCAUGAAAUGACUCCCGAUCACCCUCAAACGUUUCAUAUUUAUUUUAAAAAAAUAUUGAGGCCACUAUUUUAGACUUUAUACUAAAGACUAAUUAGACUAAAUAUUGUGGAAUUGUCAUGGUGCAGAGUUUCAGACUAAUAUUUUGUAUGCUUGAUUAUUUUUUGCAAUUUGUUCUACCUGAAAACCAGAGUAUUCCCCUUAUUUGAACUCCAAUAUAUUAAAAAACUAGAAGAAAUAUUUCUUUAAUAAUUAGGAUGUACUUAAUUAGUGUCACAAAUUUGGAUCUAAUUUGAUGAUUCCUUGUAGAAUGAUUUUAUUGAGUUUUUAUCCUCUUUUUGUCACCUUUCACAAUUGUGUGUGAGGAAGUGUGUUUCAAUACAAUUGUCAACUUUAAUCCUCAUUUUCUCAAAAGUAAUAUUUUAUGAUAGUGAAUGUUCUUCUCUUUGUAAUGAGGGUUAGGUUCAUCCAUUUAAAGCUGAGUAUCUCCUCUCUCAGUAGGAAUAAGUAGGACAAUUUCUGGCAAUAUACAUGUACAUGUAUAUGGGUAGGUUUUGUCAUGCCUGGUAACAUACAUAUGUGAUAUGUAUAGAAUAUCAAAAUGCAGAAAUUGUCUACCGGUACUCACUGAAGAGUUCUUGAUAAUUUCAGUCAUUUUGGUAAAAAAAUAAAUAAAAUUUAAAAGCAAUCGACCAGGAAUGAUCAACAGUAGCAAAGUUAUUGUGUUCAUGUAAAUAUACGCUUCUUAUAACCCUCCUUAAUUCAUUCAUAGGUGCAUCAAUGCCAGCAUCACAGACCCAACCACUCACUCCUGACCUGGUUGAAAGAUGUAGAAAGGAGCUUCAAUCCCAUUACAGAAGAUAUUUCUGUAAGAUAAGAGCUGAUAGUCUUAAUCCACGUUCCCUUGCGCCAUGUGAAGACAUAUAUACACACCUUGUUUUGGAAGAAGAAGAUUAUCGCAAUAAGAAGCGAUCACUCGAAUAUAAGGACCUCUUCAAACUUAAAAUUAAUGGAGAGUUUCCAAAUCGGAUCAUCAUUCAGGGAGAAGCAGGGGCUGGAAAGACGACACUCUGCGCAAAGAUUGCAUGGGACUGGAUAGACGGUAGUCCUGAUGUUCCUAAGUUUGUAUGGGUACUUGUAAUCCCUCUUCGUGAAGUCAAGCGAUAUACAAUUGGUCAGAUAGUCAAGUCUUAUCUCUCAAAGGACAACCCAGCAACAGCCUGUCAGAUCACAGAGUACAUCCGUUCAAAUCCAGAAAAGGUAUUCAUUGCCUGUGAUGGUUUAGAUGAGUUUAGUGGCAAGGUUGUACAGCACUCUGAAACCAAACAAGAAUUAGAAGGUGCUCAGCCAGAGCCUGAUGAUCAACCAGAUGCAAGAGCAACAUCAAAGCGACCAAAGUUAAUGGGGCAUAUGUCCUCACGUACACCAAUUGCCCCAUUGAUGCCAAGAGGCAGCAUCUCAGAUGGAAGUGAAAGCACUUCUGAAGAAGAUGAUAUCUCUCUAGUACAUAUCCUUCGUUCAGAUGAACUUAGCAAUUGCCCAGUGAUGGUGACCAGUCGUCCAUGGAAGGCCAAUGAGAUAAAGUGGGAUCUCAAUCUAAUGAAACUGUAUGCUUUCAUUCAUGUGGAAGGCUUUAGUAAGAAGAAUGUGGAGGUUUACGUUCACAAGUACUUUAAAGACAAUACAGUCACAGCAGAUCAGCUUAUUCAAAUGAUCAAAGGGAAUAACAUCAUAUCAGAGUAUAUGGCACCCUAUCCUAUCUAUAUAUCUAUGCUCUGUCUUAUGUGGAGAGGACUUGAUGACAAAAAGAAAGAAUUGUUUAAAACCAUUCGAACAUUCUCUCAAUUAUUUCAUGAGAUGUUUGAAUUCUUAAACGUGCAUUAUGUCCAAAAAGAGAUCCAAGAUCUAAGGAGUCCAUCAUUUAAUGACCAUCGCUCUAAAAUUGAAAAACUCAUGGAACCCGUUGCCAAAUUGGCAUUUGCUGGACUGCAAUCGAACAACCUUAUUUUCAAUGAAGAAGAUCUUGAACAGUACUCAGACUCUGUGAAAACAGCAUGCAAAGUAGGAGUGUUGUCACAGGAGAAUAAGCUCUCAUCCAUUCAUGAUAAGAGCAGACCGUUCCUGCAGUCAACAUUCUUCUUUCCUCAUAAACUAUUCCAGGAGUACAUGGCUGCAGUCUAUCUUGCUUCUCUCUAUGAUUCAGAUCGCAAUGAAUUUAACAGGCUGAUUGAGGAAGUAGUGCUCCCUAGGAAGAAAGAGUUUAGGUAUCUCCUGUACUUCACUGUGUCUCAGAACAAAAACAUUGCCAAGUAUACCACAAAAUGUCUGUUACAACAGUACACCCAAAGCAAAGACUACGUUGUACAAGAGAAGCUGAAUUUCUUGGUUGAUGUAACCUUUGAGAGUCAAGAUGAAGAUACCAACGCCAUGCUUCGGAAUUCAGUGUCAUCUCUGUCCAUUAAUGUUCAAGACACACACACUAUAGCUGGUUAUGCAUCCACUGGGAUAUAUUCAAAGGCGAUCGAAAUGCAUAUUAGUAGAUAUAAAUUACCUUCCUAUGGACCAGGUAUAUCAAAAGAGGUUGCAGUGAUGGUGUGCUCAGCACCAUCACUAAGGGAUGUUUUACUGAAGGCAAGGUUUCACCCUACCUUCUAUGAAACUCUUGCCAGAGAAGGAAGGACAGCCACAGUCCAUACUCUUGAUAUUUGGAAUUACGAGCCUCUAUCAUCAGCCUCUUCACGUCACCUAGUAGAAGCUUUAUGCUCCCUACCUAACCUGACUAACCUGAUACUGAGUGGAGUUUGUGACCAGGAGGAGUUGUAUUCUCAAUUGAAUGAGAAGGCUUCAACCUUGAAGGUCCAUUCUCUUCAGAUUGUGAAUUAUAAGUCUCUAUCAUCAGCCUCUUCACAUCACCUAGUAGAAGCUUUAUGCUUCCUACCUAACCUGACUAACCUGAUACUGAGAGGAGUUUGUGAAGAGGAGUUCUAUUCUCAUCUGAAUGAGAAGGCUUCAACCUUGAAGGUCCAUACUCUUGAGAUUUGGGAUAAUAAGCCUCUAUCAUCAGCCUCUUCACAUCACCUAGUAGAAGCUUUAUGCUCCCUACCUAACCUGACUAACCUGAUACUGAGAGGAGUUUAUGACCAGGAGGAGUUGUAUUCUCAAUUGAAUGAGAAGGCUUCAACCUUGAAGGUCCAUACUCUUGAUAUUUGGAAAACCGAGCCUCUAUCAUCAGCCUCUUCACAUCACCUAGUAGAAGCUUUAUGCUUCCUACCUAACCUGACUAACCUGAUACUGAGUAGAGUUUGGGACAAGGGGGAGUUCUGUUCUCAUCUGAAUGAGAAGGCUUCAACCUUGAAGGUCCAUACUCUUCAGAUUGAGAGUUAUAAGCCUCUAUCAUCAGCCUCUUCACAUCACCUAGUAGAAGCUUUAUGCUUCCUACCUAACCUGACUAACCUGAUACUGAGAGGAGUUUGGGACAAGGAGGAGUUCUAUUCUCAUCUGAAUGAGAAGGCUUCAACCUUGAAGGUCCAUACUCUUGAGAUUUGGGAUGAUGAGCCUCUAUCAUCAGCCUCUUCACGUCACCUAGUAGAAGCUUUAUGCUUCCUACCUAACCUGACUAACCUGAUACUGAGAGGAGUUUAUGACCAGGAGGAGUUGUAUUCUCAAUUGAAUGAGAAGGCUUCAACCUUGAAGGGUUCUUUCCCUCAGAUCAGCAAAGGAAAUUUCAUGUUCAAUGGAAAGCCUCAGAAGGAUCUUCAAUCAUUCUUACAAGCAGUCAGUGACAAGAUAGGGUAGGUGAACUAAUAAACUUAUUAAGGUAAAGGUGACCUCUUCACUCAGACUGAUACAACCUAGAUAUGAUCAAUGUAUAAACAGUUCUUAUACUGCUCAUUAAUUUGAUCAUUACAAUGGGCCAACUCAUUUAUAAAUGUAUGACAAAUAAAAUAAUAUCCUAAACUGGUCAUGAAAUGGCUUUUGUAGUUAUGCUCCAGGCAUACGAUAAUUGUACCUAAACUGGUCAUGUAAAUGAAAUAACUAUUUACAGUACUAAUUCAUAAUUAUGAGAAACAUAAUGAUUGUACUUAAACUGAUCGCGUCGUGGUCUAGUGGUUCUGACUCUCGCCUUUCAAACAGGGUCGUGGGUUCGAAUCCUAGCCAUGGCGUGUUUUCCUUCAGCAAGAAAUUUAUCCACACUGUGCUGCACUCGACCCAGGUGAGGUAAAUGGGUACUGGCAGGAAGAAAUUCAUCAAAAAGCUGUGUGCAUCACAAUCGGUAGACUAGCUUAGCUGGGGUAAUAUAGGAGUGCCUUGAGCACCUAGCAAGGUGGAUACAUGCGUUAUACAAAUCCUAUGUUAUUUUUAUUUUAUCAUGAAUCUGCUUCAUCCAAUAGUAAUUAAUUUAUAUAAGGUAUACAAUAUGUACUUGAAAAGGUCUUGAACAGCUUUUUUACAAUACUAAAUUCAUUUGAGGAAUGCAAUAGUUGUACCUAAAUUGUUCAUAAAACAGCUUUUUAAGAUACUAGUUUAAAUGUACAAGGAAUACAAUAGUUGUAUUUAAAUUGGUCAUAAAACAGCUUUUUGUGCAAUACUAAUUUAUAUGUAUUAGUCAGGGGCCUUAUAGGCCCAUAAUUUGUAGUUUUGGGGACAGAGUUUACAAAAGCACCAAACUUUCCCUAUGUCACUAUUACGUCAAUAGCUUCAUUUUUUCCCCAUAACAUGGUGUUGAAAAUUGCAUCUUCAUGCAAAGAUAUGCUAAUUUAUGUAAAUUACCAGUAAUUUAUGCAUGAAGCCAUAUGCCAAUAGAAAUUAAUUAAUAAAAGUUAAUAAAAAGAUACCAAACUAUAGAAAAGUCUCUAUCAGGUCAAUAGCUUUAAUGUUUCCCACAGAACAAAUUGAAAAUUUUGUCUUCAUGCAAAAGUAUGUUAAUUUAUGUAAAUUAGCAGUUAAUUUAUGCAUGAAUAGUAAAAAUUAGUAAAAAGGAAUAAAAAGAAACCAAACUUAAAGAAAAUCUCUUUCAGAUCGAUAGCUUUAAUUUUCCCUAUCAAACGUGCUAUUGAAAAUCCCGUCUUCAUGCAAAAUAUGCUAAUUUAUGUAAAUUAGCAAUUAUUUAAAAACAUGCUAUUUUGCUAAUUAUUUCUGCUAAUGGAAAUAAUUCUGUAUAAAUAAUAAGUGCUGCUUAUUGAAGCAAAUUUGAUGCAAAUUUAUCUUAAGAGAAACAGAACCCUCUUUGAACGGGUGUCCAUUUUAAAUCCUGUCCCCCAUUCUCACUCCCUACACACUGGCGUAAAUCCAGUCGGAGCAAGGGGGGGUGAGCAAUAUAUUGACAGGAAAAUUCAAAACUUUGGAGACACCCCAUGUAUACGGAGAUAUAUAGCCAUGUACUAUCUGUCAGUUAAAGUCUGAUUUUCUCAAUAGCUAUAAAGUAUAUAUGGAUCACAGUUAAGCAAAUUUUCAGUCGUUUGGGAAACAAAAUGGUGUCCAAAAAUCUCUUUCAAGUUGUGUAAUAAUCACAUCAUGGGCAAUGUAUUCAGACUGAUUCUGCCCGAUUAUGGCCUGAUUCAGAUGGAUUAGAGGAGUUCCCCCAAAUAGAGAAGAAUGGGUCCGGAAUAUGUCCAGAUUCAGCGCAGAAUCGCCAAGAAUUGACCAAAUCAAUUUUGGUCAUCCCCCAAAAAGCAGAAUGCCAACACGAAUAGUGGCAAGAAUCGACCCAAGCAUGUCCAAAAUCCACCCAAAAUAAUAUGACCCGAUAUCUCUGAUUACAGCCAAACGAUGGCCUGAAUGUGGACCCGAAUCAAAACAAAUGCGCCGAGCUCGGACGGUUCGGGACAGUUGUGCCCAGAAUGAUACAAAUAGGUCCGAAACUACCCAGAAAACUCCAAAUGCCUCCCCUAAUCAAACCGAAUGUCGCCCGAUUACAUCCCAAAUGUGGCCCGAAUGUGACCACAACAAAUUUCAUUCGGGCCACAUUAUAUAUAUUCUGGAGGGUAUUCGGCUGGUUUUGAACAUUUCAAAAUGAGCUGAAUUUCUCAGCGAAUGUUCCCGAAUUUUCUCGCAUUUACGAAGGCAAUACAGAAUAUUCCUGAAACCACCCGAAUACGUGUAUAUGGAUGGAUUCGCAGCUGAUUCGGUUCCGUUCUAACCCUAGCUUUAGGCAAGGGUUACACCAAAACCAAAUUCUCCCGAACAAAUUCGGACCACUUCUGCCCAAAAUGGACUGGAUUCGGUACUUAUUCGUCUCCGAUACGGGGAGCUCCUGGAAUCAAUUCGGAAGGAUCCGGGACUAUUCUGUUCUCCCUCCCCAUAUACAAGAACACUCGUGGAGAGAUUCUGCUUGUCUUGAAAUGUUCAAAACCAGCCGAAUAUCCUCCAAAAUUUGGCCACGACAAAUUUUAUUCGAGCCACAUUCGGGAUGUAUUCGGAUAAUGGAAUUCGGUUGAAUUUGGGGAGGCAUUUGGACAAUUAUUUUGGGAAGUCAAUAGCUCCGAUUCGGGACCUGUUCCAGACCGAUUCGACUCUGAUUCGGUCUGAAAUUGAUUGGGAGAAUUCGGUUUUGGUGUUACCCUAGUUUUAGUGAUAGAGAUCAAUUCAUAAGCCAAUUAAGAAAUAUCACUAAAUUAUUCAGGUCACCGUCAACCUAGGGACGACAGAAAAAGAAGGAUCAGGGGGGCGUUUCAUGAAAGGACUUGUCGGACGUUUCAUCCGACAAGUCCCAUUUUAUCCGACAGUUACCAUAGUAACAGUACCUCUCAGCCAAUCAACAUCAGAGAAAGAUGUCAGAUCUGACAACUUGUCGGAUGAAAAUGUUGAUGAAACACUCCCCAGGUCUCUUUGCUCAAAUCUGAAAAAUGUACAUAGUUGUCAGAGGGGCAGACAUGGACAGCUUUUUCUGACAUGAGAACCAUCCAUAUACCCUACUCUUUCUGACAGGGGAACACUCUACUUGGGAAAGAAAUCUGACCUCUUGAAUUGCUUUGAAAAAAAAGAUGAAAUACUGGUUUAACUUUUCCAUAUGAUUUGGGUUUUUUAAUUGUGAAAGGGGUAUACACAGGAUUUAUAAUUUGCAUAAAUUUGCAUUUUAAACAUGAUACCCUCCUCUGGUCGCAUGGAAAGUCACCAUAAUGAAUGAAUUGUGUAACAGUGCCUCAUAUAUAGUGUUGUGCUCGUCCCUCUGUUUAAAACCUCAAAAUAUGAUAGUUGAUGUGUUUAACACAUAUUUGCAGAAAUUUUGCAUAAAUUUGCAUUAAUUAACAUUGAAAAUUGAUUCCUUUUCGGGAACUGUACAGAAAUCAAUCUAGAUUUGAUGCCCCAUCAUAAUAAAUCCCAAAUACCCCCCCCCCCC